AGCAAAAAAAAAGAAGAAAAAAAAUCCAUUUUUUUUUUGCUGAGAUAAAUCUAAAGUGUGUUAAAAGGCUUUAAAGGCCCCUACCGCCUUUAAGAAAAUUGGUAUCGGUCUAUCUCGAAAUCAUCAUCAAAACCAAAGAUGGCACAAUUUGUAACUCACAUCCAACCAACAUUGGUAGAAGCUUCACAGGGUCAUAUGCCUUUUCAUCAUGGCCAUCAAGUUGGACUUCAGCAUCAAUCGCAUCUCCCUCAUAGCGGACAUAACAUGCCGUCACCACCUAGCCAUCACAAUCAUCAUUCUCAUAACCAGCACCAUCAUCAACAACAACAGCACCAUCAGACUGCUCAAAUUCAUAGCAAGCAUCAUAGCAGUCCGCAUCAGCAUGCUCAAUAUACUCACAAUUACCCCGGCUAUAAUGGGGGUGAUGGAAACACUUCAUUCCUCCGUUCGGCACGUGCCGGCAACUUGGAAAAAGUGUUGGAACACUUGAAAAACAACAUUGACAUAAAUACUUGUAAUACUAACGGAUUGAAUGCCCUACAUUUAGCCUCUAAAGAUGGUCACGUACAUGUGGUAUCGGAAUUACUCAAAAGAGGAGCUAUCGUUGAUAGUGCAACUAAAAAGGGCAAUACAGCUCUGCAUAUUGCUUCCCUGGCUGGUCAAGAAGAGGUGGUUGCUCUUUUAUUGCAAUCAUCGGCUUCUGUCAAUGUGCAGUCUCAAAAUGGAUUCACUCCAUUAUAUAUGGCUGCACAAGAAAACCAUGAUUCGGUUGUAAAAUUACUUCUUGCAAAUGGAGCUAAUCAAAGUUUAGCCACAGAAGAUGGUUUUACCCCACUAGCAGUUGCUAUGCAACAAGGUCAUGAUAAAGUUGUCGCUGUUCUAUUGGAAAGCGAUACACGCGGAAAGGUUCGAUUACCAGCCUUACAUAUUGCUGCCAAGAAAGAUGAUGUUAAAGCUGCAACUUUACUACUUGAGAACGAACACAACCCUGAUAUAACUUCAAAAUCUGGAUUUACACCUUUACACAUUGCUUCACACUAUGGCAAUCAAUCUAUUGCAAAUUUAUUAAUUCAAAAAGGUGCUGACGUUAACUUCCUGGCCAAGCACAAUAUCAGUCCAUUGCAUGUGGCUGCUAAAUGGGGCAAAACAAAUAUGGUGUCUGUUCUUCUGGAAAAAGGUGCUAAUAUUGAAGCCAAAACCAGAGAUGGCCUCACCCCUUUGCACUGUGCUGCUCGAUCUGGGCAUGAACAAGUUGUUGAUAUGCUACUUGAAAGAGGUGCUCCAAUUAGUGCAAAAACUAAGAAUGGAUUAGCACCGCUACAUAUGGCUGCACAAGGAGAACACGUUGAUGCUGCAAGAAUACUUUUAUACCAUAGAGCACCCGUUGAUGAGGUUACAGUCGAUUAUUUGACUGCAUUACAUGUUGCCGCCCAUUGUGGGCAUGUUCGAGUGGCAAAGUUAUUAUUAGAUCGUAAUGCUGAUGCCAAUGCUAGAGCUUUAAACGGAUUCACACCAUUGCACAUUGCUUGCAAGAAAAAUCGCAUCAAAGUUGUUGAAUUGUUGUUGCGACAUGGAGCUAGUAUAAGUGCUACCACUGAAAGUGGCUUGACACCACUUCAUGUUGCUGCUUUCAUGGGAUGCAUGAAUAUUGUUAUUUAUCUAUUGCAACAUGAUGCUAGUCCUGACGUUCCAACUGUUCGUGGUGAGACACCACUUCAUUUAGCUGCCAGAGCCAAUCAGACGGACAUUAUACGAAUUCUACUUCGUAAUGGUGCACAAGUUGACGCUAGAGCUCGUGAGCAACAGACACCAUUGCACAUAGCUUCUCGACUAGGAAAUGUCGAUAUUGCCAUGCUUUUGUUGCAACAUGGUGCUCAGGUUGAUGCAACCACAAAAGACAUGUAUACAGCUCUUCAUAUUGCCGCUAAGGAAGGGCAGGACGAGGUUUCUGCAGUUUUAAUUGAAAAUGGUGCAGCAUUAGAAUCUUCAACGAAAAAAGGAUUCACUCCAUUACAUUUGGCUGCUAAAUAUGGACACAUGAAAGUAGCACAGCUUCUAUUACAAAAAGAUGCAGAUGUUGAUGCACAAGGCAAAAAUGGUGUUACACCAUUGCAUGUUGCAUGUCAUUAUGAUAAACAAAAUGUUGCAUUACUUUUACUCGAACGUGGAGCAAGUCCACAUGCUCCAGCUAAAAAUGGUCAUACUCCAUUACAUAUUGCAGCUAGAAAAAAUCAAAUGGAUAUUGCAACAACUUUACUUGAAUAUGGUGCUAAUGCAGAUACCGAAAGCAAAGCUGGAUUUACACCUUUGCAUCUUAGUAGCCAGGAAGGACAUGCUGAGCUAUCUAGUCUUCUAAUUGAACACAAGGCUAACGUUAAUCAUGUAGCUAAAAAUGGUUUAACACCAAUGCAUUUAUGCGCUCAAGAAGAUAAUGUCAAUGUUGCCGAAGUAAUUCACAAAAAUGGUGCAAAUAUUAACAUGGUUACCAAAGCUGGCUACACACCAUUGCAUGUGGCUGCUCAUUUUGGACAGUCAAAUAUGGUACGAUUUUUAUUGCAACAAUCAGCAAAUGUUGAUGCUGAUACAGCAAUAGGAUAUACACCACUUCAUCAAGCUGCACAACAAGGACACUGUCACAUUGUGAAUUUACUUUUAGAACAUAAAGCUAAUGCUAAUGCACAGACAGCAAAUGGACAGACACCACUUCAUAUUGCCAAAAGAUUGGGCUAUAUAAGUGUGUUGGAUUCGUUGAAAUCUAUAACAAAUGUCGAUGAUCAAGAUAUUGAGCCAAAGGAUGCAGAUAAAUAUCGUGUUGUUGCACCAGAAGCUAUGCAUGAGACAUUUAUGUCGGAUUCGGAAGAGGAAGGUGGAGAAGAUAACGCAUUAUCCGAUCAGCCCUAUAGAUAUUUAACAGUCGAUGAAAUGAAAUCAUUGGGAGAUGACUCUUUGCCAUUUGAUGUUACCCGCGAUGAAAGAAUGGAUUCUAAUAGAAUGACUCAAAGUAUUGAGACAACACCAAGGCAAGCUGUCGAAGAAACUAUUAGUCCUCAUCGAGCUCAAGUUCAUGAAACAAUGAAAACUAGUUUUGAAGGAAAUACAUACAAUGUUCCCGAACAGGAAUUAAUUCAUAUUGGUCGAAAACUUUCAUGGAAAAACUUCUUAGUUUCAUUCCUUGUUGAUGCUCGUGGUGGAGCAAUGCGUGGCUGCCGUCACAGUGGUGUUAAAAUGAUCAUUCCAUCCAGAUCAACUUGUCAGCCAACACGAGUAACAUGCCGAUAUGUUAAACCCCAAAGAACAAUGCAUCCGCCUCAAUUAAUGGAAGGCGAAGCUCUAGCCAGUCGAGUUCUUGAACUUGGUCCAGUUUCUGUGAAAUUCCAAGGUCCAGUUGUAAUGGAAGUACCACAUUUUGCUUCCCUUCGUGGCAAAGAAAGAGAAAUAAUCAUACUCCGUUCGGACAAUGGAGAAACAUGGCGUGAACAUUCCAUUGAAAACUCUGAAGAAAUCAUCCAAGAUGUCUAUGCAGAGUGUUUUGAGUUAGAUGAAAUUAAUCAACUCAAUGAACAAACUGGUAAUCAUGUUUGCCGAUUCAUAACAUAUGAUUUUCCACAAUAUUUUGCUGUGGUCUCACGUAUUCGACAAGAAGUACAUGCAAUUGGGUCAGAAGGAGGCAUGGUAACAAGCACUGUUGUUCCACAAGUUCAAGCUGUAUUUCCACAAGGAGCUUUGACUAAAAAGAUUAAAGUGGGACUUCAGGCGCAACCAGUCGACCCUGAUUUAACUGCAAAAUUACUAGGUCGGGGUGUAGCUGUAUCACCCAUUGUUACUGUAGAGCCGAGAAGGCGAAAAUUCCAUAAAGCCAUAACACUUAGCAUGCCUGCACCUAAAGCUCAUAGUCAAGGAAUGAUCAAUCAAUAUUCUGGAAAUACACCAACCCUUCGAUUGCUGUGCUCAAUAACAGGUGUGUUUCGGAAAAGAUCUCUAAAAGGUGGUGCAUCAAGAGCUCAAUGGGAAGAUGUAACUGGAUCUACUCCGCUUACUUUUGUCAACGAAUGUGUAUCGUUUACAACAACUGUGUCAGCUAGAUUUUGGCUAAUGGAUUGUAGAAAUAUUUCCGAAGCAACUAAAAUGGCCACCGAUCUUUAUAGGGAAGUUAUACACGUCCCCUUCAUGGCCAGAUUUGUUGUUUUCGCCAAACGUGUCGAGUCCAAUGAAGCAAAACUUCGUGUAUUCUGUAUGACUGACGAUAGAGAAGACAAAACUCUAGAAAAACAAGAACAGUUUACCGAAGUUGCCAAGAGCAGAGAUGUUGAAGUACUUGAAGGCAAACCCCAAUACAUAGAAAUGGCUGGCAAUUUAGUUCCUGUAACAAAAUCUGGCGAACAAUUGCAACUUAUGUUCAAGGCAUUCCGUGAAAAUCGUUUACCAUUCAAUGUACGAGUAAAAGAUCAACACGCUGACAUUGUUGGUCGAACGUUGUUUAUGAAAGAACCGAAAAUUGCGAAAGGAGAACCACCACAACAUCCUAUUUGUAUAUUGAAUAUAAUUCUUCCAGAAAUUGUGAUACCGGAUCAAAUUCAAACUCUCCAAGAUAAAUAUGAAACUGAUAGUUCCAAAUAUCCCAACAGUCACUAUGUUGGUGAUUUGAGAAUAGUUGAUUUGUCGAAUCUUUUAGGAAAAGAUUAUAUACAAUUAGCGCCAGAAAUUGGAAUAUCACAGUCCGAGAUAAAUGUGAUAGUAAAUAGAUACCCGAAUAGUAUUGCACGCCAGGCACAGGAUCUGAUUCGUCUUUUUAAAGAGAAACCCCAUUUUGAUAUAAAUAUUUUGGAUUAUGCAUUAAAAACUAUUGGCCGAGAAGAUAUUCUUCAAAAAUGCAGACUAACACAUGACGAAACCGAACCUGAAAAGGAAAUAAAAUCAAUCGAAUAUGGAAAAAGUUCGAGCAUACAACGAAUUCAUGAUAGGGAAGAAAUUAAAUAUUCAGCUGAGGAAAAGGAAGUAGAAGAGUCCGAAUCGGAUGAUGAAAAUCAGAAGAGAACCGUUGCUGAGAGGCGGGAAAAGAUAGUUAAACGACUUUCCAUUGAACGCCAAAUACCUGCCUCAAGUCAAAAGAAGGAAAUCGUCCAAGAAAUAACCGAAAUUAAGCGAACUAGUUUAAUUGACGACAAGAAAGCCAUACACGAAGAAGAAAUCAUGUUACAAAUGUCCACCGAUAAUGUAAUCAAGACAGCACCCGAAAAUGUCAUUAAAAUGAAACUAAACAAAUUCGAACCUAUCGAAACGUCUAGAGCAGAUUUUGACAAAGAAAUUGUUUUUAAAUUCAAACCUGCAGCUAAGAAAAAUGGCGACGAAGAAAAGAGCUCGACUGUUAGUUCAAAAAUUUUAACUGAAAAUAUUGAAACAGUUGACAAAGCUGAGAAAUUCACAACAAACGAAAUGAUUCGAAAAUCAUCUCCCCUCAAAAAAGACAGUUUUGAAGUUAAAUCGGAAUCAAUUGUUGUUGAUUCUUCUUCAAAAAUUAAUGAUAUUGUGACUGAACCACAUUUAAAAGAAAUUGAGGUAAAGACUGUUACCAUCACUAGCGUUCAGGAACUUGCAAAAACAUUUAGUGAAGAAAAGGAAGUGUUAGAAACUUUUACUGAAGAAAAGAGAAAAGAAAUUGAAAAGCCAUCAAAGACAUUAACCGAAGAAGAAUUUUACAAGUCCAUUGAGGAGACAAUUACAAGGAAACUAAGUGGUGCAAGUGUUGUUAUGGAUGACAAAACAAUAGCAUCAUCUGAUUUGCCGCACUCACGAACUCCUCCACCAACUCCAAUUGAUAUUAAAUCCGAAGAUAAGUCCAAAAAUUACAAUGACUUAACCCCAUCGCAAGAAAUUUCCGCUUUCACAAUGAACGCAGAAGAGAAAUACGAAAGUGACGACGACGUCGAGGAGGAGCAUGAAACAAGUGACCAAAUGCUUAUUUCAUUAAAAGAAAAACAACAAAAAUGUCUGAAAUACCAACAAUUUCGGUAACAAAAGAUGAAGAGAACGAGGAUGAUCAUAUGGAAAAUGGUGAUUUCGAUCACAGUGGUAUGAGUGGAGCCCUAACUGAUAUUGAAGACAUGGACAGUAAUGAUGAAGAAGAUU